AUGACAUUACUGUUGGGAGGAGGAGGCCUAGGAGAAGGAACAGGAGGAAGGGAAGGAGGAGGAAAAGGAGGAUAUGGUUCAGGAUAUGGUGGUGGUAGCUACGGAGACUAUAGUGUUGGGUAUGGUGGCAGUGGUGGCGGACGAUUUGGAUCAAGUGGUAGUAGUGGACUAUUGGUUAUAGGAGGAGGGGAGGAGGAGGAGGAGGAGGAGGAGGAGGAGGAGGAGGGGAGAUGGGAGAGUGUGGUGUACCUGUCGUUCAGGACAAUGUCUCAAAGGAGAAUUUCUUUUAGACAAGUAUUGCAGACUUACCCCACUAUUUCCAGGGAAAUGGGGUCCAUGCUGCAAGGUGUUACCAGACAGUGUAACGAGCCGUAG